UAAAAUGGAUAUUUAUUACGUGGUUCAUGGUGAUUUUCGUGACAUGGUUUAUCGAUUCUUUAUGGUUUAUAGAGAAGUAUAACGACAUACGAGCCAUGUUCAUCCCUAUCAUUAAAGAUUAUCCUUUCCACAUCAAUAUGUUUAUGGACCUAAUGUAUAUGCUUAUUUUAAAUUAUAUAGGUGCUAGAUUGGAUAAAAUAAAUGACUGCAUGGAAGAAUUGUCAGAGACUGAAGAAUAUGGGCUAAGAUGCACAUGGAAAAAAUCUUUUAUUGUUACUCGACCUUAUAUGCGCGGCGCUGGAAAUCGCAAGCGUAUAUUAUGGACCGUAAUGCAUCUUCAUUCGUCACUUUGCAGAAUAGCUCUUGAUAUACAUGGCUUAUUCAAACUACGUAUGACCCUACAGAUGAUAUCUUAUUUCAUUGUUUUAAAUGCAAUGUUUUAUUUUGAAUAUCAAACAUUGUUAUGCUUAAAAGAAAUGUAUGGCGGUGAUUCAAUUCGACUAAAGUUAUUACUUUGUAGCGACAUAUGGUUUACUAUAUGUUUAACGAAAGUAAUAUCAUUUAACCACAUCUGCGAAAAUGUUAGCGAUAAA